CGUAAGUGUUUUACAGAAACAAGUGCCUGUGUAUUCUAUCCUCGUAUUGACCUCAUCAAAAUACUGCACAUGUGUUUGUUUGGAAACAUUUGGUUGAUUUAAAUUAUGAGCACGACUGGGGUCUCGUACCUAAACAUUUAAAUGUGGCAUAGAUUUAGUAUCGCCAUAUUUGACGGUUUUGCAUAGGACAAGUCCGACAACACCAAGCUCUGUUUUCCAGAUGAAACAAGUUCUGCAAGAGAAAUGGCGUUUUCCGAAGUGGUUACCCCAUAAAGAGCAUGCAGACGUGUUGCUGAGAAAAGAAAAAUACAAAACAAAAUGAUACAAGAUGUUGAGGAUUUGGAGUGCGGUUCGGACGAGCUGGACAUUACCUUGAAGGAUGACCUUCAUGAUGAAGGUGAAAAAUGGACACCAAAAUUCAACACUUCACUCUCGGAGACUUCUUCCGGUAUGUACAAAAUAUUAUUUGAAUUGAGCUGAUCAUGAUCAUUAUUGACAGAAAUUAAAGGGGCAUAAUUUGCCGAUUGACUAAAACAGCUUUACAGUGCAUAAAAACCACCAGUGACAUGUCAAAACUCGUACAUCAUUAGGUUUUCUUUUUAUCAAUACAGAAACAACAAGAAACAUUGGUGCACGCACCAAAGUUAUGGGCCGAACAAAUUUCCAAGAGAGUAUCAUUGUUUCCAUAAACUAAAACUGUCUCGUAAACAUAUUGAUUGGACAAUGUCCAAAUUCGACCCAUUAACAUACAAAAUGAACAGUAAUCUGUUACUCCUUAAAGAUCUGUGAACUACGUGUAUGUCCAGUAGGCAAAGGUUCUCCAGUGGACUUUUUUUAAGAGCAGUCUGAACCUUAACCUUAAACCAUUGUGACCUCAGAAUAAUGUGUUUAUAUGCUGCUUUACGUCUCAUUCUCGAAUUUUUCACUCUUAUAGAGACGUCACCUUCGGGCGAAUUGAGCAGUGAGGGUUCUUUAUCGUGCUAACGCCUAUCGUGACACAGGACCAUGGCUUACAAGCCUCAUCUGAAUGACCUCAAAAUAAUAGAUAUGGGUUAUUCUGCUCCUUGGAUGUUAUAAGUUUGAUGAAUAUUUACAAUGUUCAUUAUUGGAAAAUAUUGAGCUUUUAUCACUUGAAUAUAUUAAGCAAACAUUUUCUAAUGUGCAAAAUAUUUCAACCAAUGACUGUUGCAUGAAUACUGCAUUAAUUUAAUUUCACACUUUCCAUAUUAAAACUGUGACAUUUAAUUUGGGUUAUCCAAAUAUCAUAACCUUUCGCUAUGAAAUAAAUCAGAUUUAUUCAAGAUUGAAAAUUUUAUUAGCACAACCUGUGACAAUAUUUAACAAAAUAGUAUAAUGCAAUAAUCAAAACAUUCUUUAGCACCCUUGGAAUUAUGCAUUUUUAAAAAAAAAAAUAAAUAAAUAAAUUACGCCACCUCUAUAAAUUGGUCAGCAGAUAAGUGCACGUGACCUGUGUGUUACACAAAAAAAAACACCAAACAACAAAAACAAAAAAAACAGAAAACAAAAACAAAUGUUUAAAAAACACCACCGAAUUACUUUACAUACAAAAUGAAAACGUAUCAUGAUAAUCAGUAAUCCAACUUAAAAAAAAAAUACACACUCAUCCCGUAGAAACUCAUACACUUCUCAAAUUCUUAUUUCAUAGAAUGGGCCGGCUCGUGCCGGCCCAUAAUGACCGAAACAUUGCAUGGAAGUAAAUAAUCCACUGCGGAGAAAUCCUAUAUAAUUUUCAUAGAAUUCGACUGGAGAUCGCUUUUUUAAUUUAGCUCUAUUUUCCUUCAAUUUUUAACGCACUCCAGCAUUUUGAUAACAGUUCAGAAUCAAAAAGAUUCUAUGUUCUUUUUGACAGCUAUAGCCCUUGUAAUGUGUCGAUAUUGUAAGCAACAUUCAUCAUUCUGUACACAUGUACAAACAUAGGUCUACAUGUACAACAUUUGGAAAAAAAACCCUAUUUGCAGUACAUUGUAUAUGCUUUUGUUUCAAAGUUGCAGUGCUGCAAUUACAAUUACUUGGUUGAUUAUAUUCGAUUCCUGCUAGCACUUCCCUAUAGAUUUCAGUAUUGUGCAACAAAUCAUUACAUGUACAUGUAAGUUAAGAAGACCAUCUUUACUUCAUCUUUUAGAUCUGGAACAAUCAACAGAGUUCCCCCAAGCUCAGUUUGCUUUGACAUGCUCCAUGUGUGACUCAGUUUGUGAGCUUUUCUGUGACGCGUGCGAAGUACGACUUUGUAAACUCUGCGUAACAGAACACCUUAAAAUUAAAUCUCAAAGAAAACACAAGGUGGUUGCCUACACUGAUCGGUCUGUGGAUAAACUCUACUGCUGCAAGCACCAAAAUACAGAGAGCACAUACCGCUGUCAUACAUGUGCUGUGUGCAUCUGUAACGACUGUGCUACAACGUCCCAUGUGUCACACAACAGAGACCUCAUGCCAGAAUUGCUUGAGCGGCAGACAAACCUUCUGAUGCGAAAUACGAGGG